UGAAUAACGAUGACGAAAGAAAACAUGGAGGAAGGAGUAAAUCAAAAGAACGUAGAAAGUACACAAAUGAAGGAAGAAAAGAAGAUCGAUGAGGAAGACACGAAGGAGGCGGAAAAGGUGAACCUUACCAAGGUGACAACUUUCGAGGAGCUGCUUGAGGUGGUCGGCACUCGAGGCAAAUGGAACGUCCUGACCUUCCUGAUGUGUAUCCUGGUGGCCUUCACCUCACCACUGCAAACACUGUCGUACCAGUUCCUGGGUGCCACUCCCGACCACUGGUGCCAGGUGACACCCCUGCUGGAGGCUAACUGGACCCACCAGCAGAUCCUAGACCUCGCUAUUCCCUUCAGCAACUCUACAGGGAAGCCAGAGAACUGUUACAUGAGGGACUACGACUACACUGCAGCGGCGGCUCUGGGCUACCAGACCACAAUGAAGGACCCGUCAGCGGUGCUGCGUAACUCGUCCUCCCUCAUCCAGUGCUCCGUCAGAGAGUUUAACCUCUCCCAGUACAUCUCUACCGUCGUCACUGAGUGGGACCUGGUGUGUGAGAGGCGGGUGCUGUAUUCAACCACACAGGCAGUCAUGCAGGGUGGCAAACUCUUCGGCUUCGUUCUCUUCGCCUACCUCGUUGAUGCGUUGGGUCGUCGACCCGUAGUGUUGGUGUGUUCCGCCAUCUCCAUCAUUGCUGGCUUCCUGGCAGCCGCCUCUCCUAACAUAGAGUUCUACAUAGUGUUAAAGUUCAUAAUUGCUGCCGUGGAUGCUGGCCAGUACCUCGGCAUCUUUGUAUUCGUGAUGGAGACGUGUGCUAGCAAGUACCGUGCAGGUGCUGGUACACUGAUAGUCAUCCCGUGGGCAGUAGGGUACAUGGUAGUCCCGGGCAUCGCCUAUGUCAUCCGACCAUGGAAGCUGCUGCAAGUGGCCUACACUGUGCCCGCCCUCUACACCAUCAUAUAUUUCUGGUUAUUGCCAGAGUCACCUCGCUGGCUCAUAGAUCAAGGACGCUACCAGGAGGCUUUUAAGGUCAUAAGCUGGGUCGCUAAGGUCAACAGGAAGCCUUUACCCGCUGACCAGGUCGUCCUCGCCGCCAUGGAGAACAUUUACCACCAGGUCAGUGAGGGAGGAUACCUCUGGCGAAUCAAUGAAGUACAAGAUGCUGGGGUUAUGGGUAUAGGAGAUAUCUUUCUCGGAUCGCUCAAGUACAGUUCUGAAGAAUCACUAACCAACUUCCUUUGCUCUCCUUCCAGCACUGAUCCAUAUUUGUACAUCUUUUUGGGUGGGUUGCUGGAGGUACCGUCCUACCUGCUGCUGUGGCCAGCUCUCAUCUACAUAGGACGGAAGAAGAGCCUUGUAGCACUCUAUCUCUUCUGUGGCCUCUGUAUCUUCAGUGUUAUGGGCCUCAUGCUGACUUAUCCAGGAGAAGCUGAGGUGGCGAAAGUGUUCUUCUCCCAGAUCGGCAAGAUGGCGGUGACUGCGGCCUUCCAGCUGGCGUGGAUGUACACAGCUGAACUUUUCCCCACUAAGUUCCGCUCCCUGGCCGUAGGUCAGGCCAGCUUCUGUGCUCGCAUCGGCAGCACUUCUUCUCCUUACAUCAAUGAUCUCUUGGGACCCUACACUGUGUGGGCGCCGUCAGCACUGUUUGGCUCGGUGUCGUUGGUCUCUGCCGCCCUGGCGGUCCUCCUGCCGGAGACCAGGCACUGCGAUUUGCCGGAGUCCAACGAUUUCUUCACUAAAACUAAGGAAGCAGGAGCAGAAGGGAGAGAGCAAGGUGUCGCUGACCAGGAUGAAGGAGUUCUCAACCCAUCCUUCGUAUCAGAGGCAGGAGAGACGGGCAGCCAGAUACAUCCAAGGAAAAGUGAUACACAUUAACUAUGUUAAGGGAAAAAACUAUUCUUAAGCGACCAGAGGGAAACGAGGCUCCUUCAGCGUCAUCACGAAUAUUUUUAUACCAUACCGAGGCGCUUAAUGGCUGUUUUUAAUAACUGGCAAAAAGAGAGGGAAGAAAUUUGGAAGGCGUUAUAUAAAAUUUCCUCCUACACCUGUCUUAUUAGACGACCAGUUUUGUGCACAUGUUGUCAUGUGUACUGUGUCUUCCCUCGGCUGACCAUUACAUAUACUAUAAGUUUUGUUUUGCCGAAGAUACAGAAGAUGGCUGAUGUAAUCCCUAUAUUUAAAUAAGGUUAAAAGGCAAUCCCAUCAACUUACCAUCCAAUAAGCAUGAUGUCUAUAGUAGGCAAAUUAUUACAAACAAUUAUAACCGAUAUUAUUAGAUGCCACCUUGACGAGCAUAAUUUGAAUGAGUCUUAGCCUGGAUUCACGAGAGGUCGUUCCGGCUUAACAAAUUUACUAACAUUCUUUAAUAAAGCAUUUGAUACAGUAGACAACGAUAAAGAAUAUGACGUUGAUUUGGAUUUCAGUAAGGCCUUCGAUAAAGUACCUCACAAAAGACUGUUAAAAAAUUGGCAGCUCGUGGUAAAGGAGGUAAAGUUCUAACAUGGAUCGAAACAUAGCUGACCAAUAGGAAGCAGAGAGUUUCUAUUAAUGGGGUUAAUUAAGUCAUUAGUGGCGUUCCACAAGGAUCAAUUUUGAGUCCAUUUUUGUUCAUAAUUUAUAUUAAUGAUCUUGAUGAAGGAAUAA